AUGACAUCAGAUGUAUCACCAUUGGGACCAGCCAUUGCCUCUGGAAACUCUGGACCUGGGAUUCAAGGAGGAGCCAUUGUCCAGAGAGCUAUUAAGCGGCGACCAGGGCUAGAUUUUGAUGAUGAUGGAGAAGGGAACAAUAAAUUCUUGAGAUGUGAUGAUGAUCAGAUGUCUAAUGAUAAGGAGCGGUUUGCCAGGUCGGAUGAUGAGCAGAGUUCUGCGGAUAAAGAGAGACUCGCCAGGGAGAAUCAUAGUGAAAUUGAACGGCGACGACGAAAUAAGAUGACUGCUUACAUCACAGAACUGUCAGAUAUGGUACCCACCUGUAGUGCCCUGGCUCGAAAACCUGACAAGCUAACCAUCUUGCGCAUGGCAGUUUCGCAUAUGAAGUCCUUGCGGGGAACUGGCAACACAUCCACUGAUGGCACCUACAAGCCAUCUUUCCUCACUGAUCAGGAACUAAAACAUUUGAUAUUGGAGGCAGCAGAUGGCUUUCUGUUUAUUGUCUCAUGUGAGACAGGCCGAGUGGUAUAUGUCUCUGAUUCCGUGACCCCUGUUUUGAACCAGCCACAGUCUGAAUGGUUUGGCAGCACACUUUAUGAUCAGGUGCACCCAGAUGAUGUGGACAAACUUCGGGAACAGCUUUCCACUUCUGAAAAUGCCCUGACAGGGCGUAUCCUGGAUCUGAAGACUGGAACAGUGAAAAAGGAAGGUCAACAGUCUUCCAUGAGGAUGUGUAUGGGCUCAAGGAGAUCAUUUAUUUGCCGUAUGAGGUGCGGCAAUAGCUCUGUGGACCCAGUCUCCAUGAAUAGACUGAGCUUUGUGAGAAACAGAUGCAGGAAUGGACUUGGCUCUGUGAAGGAUGGAGAACCUCACUUUGUGGUGGUCCACUGCACAGGCUACAUCAAGGCCUGGCCUCCAGCAGGUGUCUCCCUCCCAGAUGAUGAUCCAGAGGCUGGCCAGGGAAGCAAGUUUUGCCUAGUGGCCAUUGGCAGACUGCAGGUAACCAGUUCUCCCAACUGUACAGACAUGAGUAACGUUUGUCAACCUACAGAAUUUAUCUCCCGACACAACAUUGAAGGAAUCUUCACUUUUGUGGAUCACCGCUGUGUGGCUACUGUUGGCUACCAGCCACAGGAGCUCUUAGGAAAGAAUAUUGUGGAGUUCUGUCAUCCUGAAGACCAACAGCUUCUAAGAGACAGUUUCCAACAGGUGGUGAAGUUAAAAGGCCAGGUGCUGUCUGUCAUGUUCCGGUUCCGAUCUAAGAACCGAGAAUGGCUCUGGAUGAGAACCAGCUCCUUUACUUUCCAGAACCCUUACUCAGACGAAAUUGAGUACAUCAUAUGUACCAACACCAGUGUGAAGAACUCUAGCCAAGAACCACGGCCUACGCUUUCCAGCACAAUCCAGAGACCACAGCUAGGUCCCCCAGCUAAUUUACCCCUGGAGAUGAGCUCAGGGCAGCUGGCACCCAGGCAGCAGCAACAGCAAACAGAAUUAGAAGUGAUCCCAGGAAGAGAUGGACUGGCCAACUACAAUCAUCCACAGGUCUCUGUUCAGCCUGUGACAACCACAGGGCCAGAGCACAACAAAGCCCUUGAGAAGUCAGAUGGUCUGUUUGCCCAGGAUAGAGAUCCACGUUUUUCAGAAAUCUAUUCCAACAUCAAUGCAGAUCAGAGUAAAGGCAUCUCUUCCAGCACUGUCCCUGCCACCCAACAGCUAUUCUCCCAGGGCAACACAUUCCCUCCUACCCCCCGGCCGACAGAGAAUUUCAGGAAUAGUGGUCUGGCUCCUCCUGUAACCAUUGUUCAGCCUUCAGCUUCUGCAGGGCAGAUGUUAGCCCAGAUUUCCCGACACUCCAACCCCACACAGGGAGCAGCCCCAACUUGGACCCCUAGCACUCGCCCAGGCUUCUCUGCCCAGCAGGUGACUUCCCAGGCCACAGCCAAGACUCGUUCUCCCCAGUUUGCUGUGGGCAACUUUCAGACUCCAUCCUCCUUCAGCCCCAUGUCCCUCCCUGGUGCUCCUACGACAUCACCUGGUGCUGCUGCCUAUCCUAGUCUCACGAACCAUGGAUCCAACUUUGCUCCUGAGGCUGGACAGACUGCAGGACAAUUCCAGACACGGACAGCAGAGGGUGUGGGUGUGUGGCCGCAGUGGCAGGGCCAGCAGGCUCAUCAUCGAUCAAGUUCUAAUGAGCAACAUGUUCAACAGUCAGCAGCACAGCAACCCAGCCAGCCUGAGGUCUUCCAGGAGAUGUUGUCCAUGCUGGGAGACCAGAGCAACAACUAUAACAAUGAAGAAUUUCCUGAUUUAACUAUGUUUCCCUCCUUUUCAGAAUAG